ACCGGUCUGUGUCUCUGCUGUUGCAUGCGUCACGAGUAGUUGGAAAGUAAAAACAAAGAAUUUUUCGUAUUUGUGGAAGACACUUGCAAAAAGGAUGGGUGUUCCAGCAUUUUUCAGAUGGCUUAGUAAAAAAUAUCCUUCGAUCAUUGUUCACUGCGUGGAAGAAAAGACCAAAGAAGUAGAUGGAGUUAGGAUUCCAGUUGAUAGUACCAAGCCUAACCCCAAUGAUGUAGAGUUUGACAAUCUCUAUUUGGAUAUGAAUGGAAUUAUUCAUCCAUGUUGUCAUCCAGAAAAUAAACCUGCGCCAAAGAACGAAGAUGAGAUGAUGUGUGAGAUCUUCUUGUACAUCGAUCGUUUGUUCAGUAUAGUGCGCCCUCGCAGAUUGCUAUACAUGGCCAUUGAUGGAGUCGCUCCUCGUGCCAAGAUGAAUCAACAGCGCUCACGUCGAUUUAGAGCUUCAAAGGAAAGCAGAGAUAAGAGACAAGAUGAGGCAAGGAUACGAUCUGAGAUUGCUGAACGUGGUGGAUACCUGCCUCCUCCUAAGCCCAAAGAAAGUCACUUUGAUAGCAACUGUAUCACACCGGGGACAGAGUUCAUGUUUCGUCUUGCUGACUGCUUGCGUUAUUAUGUGACAGAGAGAAUAAACAAUGAUCCUGGCUGGAAGAACAUUAAGGUGAUCCUUUCUGAUGCUAAUACCCCAGGAGAGGGAGAGCACAAGAUAAUGGACUACAUAAGGAAGCAAAGGGCCAAUCCAGACCAUGACCCAAACACUCAUCAUUGUCUGUGUGGUGCUGAUGCUGAUCUGAUUAUGUUGGGUCUUGCUACCCAUGAGGUAAACUUCACGAUCAUCCGUGAGGAGUUCAAACCAAAUCAGAGGAGACCUUGUGAGCUAUGCAACCAAGAAGGACAUGAAAUGAAAGAAUGCCAGGGGCUGCCAAAGGAAAGAGCAAACGAGCUGGAUACCAUACCUGUGCCUCAAGGUGCUGAGACAGAGUUCAUAUUUCUCAGACUCAAUGUUCUCAAAGAGUACCUUGAGAAAGAGCUGUGGAUGACAGGAUUACCUUUCACCUUUGACCUAGAGAGAGCUAUAGACGACUGGGUAUUCAUGUGCUUCUUUGUUGGUAAUGAUUUCUUGCCUCAUCUUCCUUCACUUGAAAUCAGGGAAGGGGCCAUUGACAGGCUGAUACGACUGUACAAGAAAGCUGUUUACAAGACAAAGGGCUACUUGACAGAGAAUGGAGUGGUCAACCUUCAACGUGUCCAGCUGAUGAUGACCGAUCUAGGUGAAGCAGAAGAUGAGAUCUUCAAGAAGAGAAGAGUCACUGAACUUGGUUUCAGACAGAGAAAUAAAGAGAGGAAUAAGAGAAUGAGAGCUAAUACUGCACCAGCUUUCAUACCAGCAGGUGUAUUGGCUCCCACACCCAUUACUGGUGGACCAUCAUCAAGCACAGCUAAGCAGAUCUUGGAGCAGCGUAGAGAUGCCAGGAUGACAUCAAGGGAUAGUGCUAACAAGAAUGCAGCUGAUGCGAUAAGAGCUUCGUUGAAAGGGGGUGAAGAGAGAGGAACAAAGAGAAGUCAUGAUGAGGCUGAGGAAGAAGAUGAAGACAAGGAUGAUACCGUCAGGUUAUGGGAAGAUGGCUGGAAGGAGCGUUACUAUCAAAACAAGUUUGAUGUUCCCUCGUCUGACCAUGAUUUCCGUGCAAAAGUUGUGCGAUGCUAUGUUGAAGGUCUAUGCUGGGUACUGAGGUACUACUAUCAAGGAUGUGCAUCAUGGAAGUGGUAUUUUCCUUACCACUACGCUCCCUUUGCUUCAGAUUUCCUUGAUAUCGGCAGCCUUCCUAAUGACUUUGAGAAAGGAACAAAACCUUUCAAGCCAUUAGAGCAGCUGAUGAGUGUGUUCCCUGCAGCCAGUGGUAACUUCCUACCAGAAUCAUGGAGGAGAAAAAUGAUGGACAUUGACUCACCAAUCAUUGACUUCUAUCCAGAUGAUUUCCAGAUCGAUCUCAAUGGGAAGAAAUAUGCAUGGCAAGGUGUGGCACUCCUGCCAUUUGUAGAUGAGCAUCGACUCCUUACGACCCUUGCAGAGGUCUAUCCUAACCUCACACCAAUAGAGAGGAAGAGAAACAGCAAUGGUCCUGAUCGAUUGUUUGUGGGUCAGCAUCACCCACUCUAUAACUUCAUCAGGGAGCUGUAUGAGACAGAUAGUCUUAAAGAGGCUGAACCAGACACUGAUAUUUGCCCUUCACUUGCCAAUGGUGUGAGAGGAAAGAUUGGAAAGGAUGAAUUUGUAACCAUGCCUGGAAAACUUCAUCGGUCACCUGUUCCUCAACUGAGAGACAUUCCAGAGAGCUAUGUUUUAGGAGUGACAUUCCGUGACCCUACCUACCCGCAAGGUUUCAUAUUUGAGGCUAAGAGGUUACCCGGAGCCAAGGUGCCAGACAAGGUGCUGAAGCCCGAGGAUUUCAUGAAUGCCAACGGGUACCGAGGUGGGCGUGGCGGUGGACGGGGGUACGGUGGUAGAGGAGGCCUGGGCUAUGGUGGUCGUGGUGGUGGUGGCGGAAGGGAUGGAUACAGACCUCAGCUUGGAUUCCAGAGGAAUAGUGGAUACAGAGAUGGAUUGGAUACCAGUGCUGCUCAGAGGAUGAUUAGGCAUGGCUUUGACACUGGUUAUUUUCCAGCAAGGGACCGAGAUGUCCAGGAAUAUUUCGGUGCAACCCAGCUCUUCAACCAAUGGAAACAACAGCUUGUAAAAGAGGGUGCAGCCCCGCACCCCUCUAUUGCACCCCAAGCUGCACCUGUGGACCAAUACAAGUCCCUCCCCCUGUUCCAGCAAGGUGCCCCGCCUUGUUCCAGUCAGUCCCUCUACCUCCCUAGCAAUCAUGCCAUGCCAGCAUGCCUUAGCCAGCCCCAAGCAAGUCUUUCAAGACACCAUGGUUCAAACCAAGGAAGGAAUGAUCAGUCUCUCUUGGGUGCCCCACCCCUAAUGCAGCAAUCAGGAGGAGGAGGAGGAGGUUAUGGAGGAUACAAUCAGAGGCAAGGAUAUGGUGGGCAAGGAGGCUACAAUCAAGGAGGACAAUCAUAUAACAGAAAUCAACAGUCCAAUCAAGGAUGGAACCGCAACCAGCAGUCGCAGGGUCAGGCGUACCACCAGAACCAGCAUCAACGCUCCCAGAGCUAUGGGGGACAUAGCAGCCAAGGAUAUGGUGGUUAUAACCAACAGCAGGGCUACGGGGGCUCGAGACAAGGUCAGGGCUACCAACGAGGAGGUGGAGGAAACCAAUAUGGCAACAGAGAUAAUAGGAAUCAGGGUUGGCAGGGUGGAAACCAGGGAGGUGGAGGAUACCCCAAACCUCCUGGAUACUCCCAGAGGAGAUACUGAGAUGCCAUCACGAUGGUACCAAUACAGGCAUCACCAAAACCAGCAUCAUCCAAUCUUCAUCUGGCUUCGAAGCUUUCCUGUGGUAGAAGCACAGCUGGACUAGUGCACCUAGACUUUGAGUAUCUAAUUAUUGUUUCUCCAUGUUUCUUCAAUAAUAUCCAUAAAGUGAUCCUUCUUUCACUGGCAACUGCUAUAAGCUAUAAUAAUGGAUAGUUUUGAAGUUCUUCAGUAUUUCCAAACUGGAGCAAUGUACCCAGUUUUAAGAAUGCAUCGACUUUUCUCUAAAUCUCAUCAUUCAUUAAUAAUAUCCUGGUAGUAUUUCAUGAAACAACUUCUCAGUGAUGUUCACUAGCAUCUGUUAUAAGCUACUGAAAUGCCUUCAGUCUCCUCUAGUUUAAGCAUAGAGCAGUAUAUCCAGGUUUGAAAGAAUGAAUAUAUGGGUAGCAUUUCAUGAAGUUAUUUCCUAGUUAAAUUUGCUUGGAGCUGUUACAAGCUACUGCGAUACCUGAUUCUUAUUGGCUAAGA